CCGCAGUCGCCAUCGUAUAAUGUAUCUGUGUAUAACUACCGGGCCGUUUCUUGGAUUUUGAUGACCUUUUUCCCACCAAAAAGCUGACAUUUCAUACUUGGAUCGUAGACGUUCUGCUCUGGAGUUGUGUCGAGGGACCGUUAGGGUAGAAGAGGCAACAUGCCGAACAGAGCAGACGACAUCAUGAAGGGGUUCAAAUUAAAUUGGAUGAAUUUACGAGAUGCAGAGUCAGGGAAGAUACUGUGGCAGGGAAGCGAAGAUUUAUCACAACCCGAGACGGAACACGAAGCCCGGGUACCAAAGAAAAUACUCAAAUGCAAAGCCGUGUCGCGGGAAAUCAAUUUCUCCUCGCUGGAAAAGAUGGAGAAGUUUAGGCUAGAACAGCGAGUCCUCUUCAAAGGAAAAUGUCUGGAAGAAUGGUACUUUGACUUUGGCUUUGUAAUACCCAACUCAACCAACACAUGGCAGUCUCUGAUAGAAGCAGCUCCUGAAAACCAAAUGAUGCCUGCAAAUGUACUCAGUGGGAGUGUUGUCAUAGAAACCAAAUUCUUCGAUGACGACCUUCUUGUAAGUACAUCCAAAGCCCGCCUCUACUACGUCUGAGAGCUGUCGGGUUCAAUUAGACUUAAACUAAUGGAGCACCGAGACACACCAUCAUCAGGUUUUUAUUAGUAUUUUUCUUAUAAAACGAAAACAAAAAAACCUCCACACUGGUGAAACCUUUUGGCCAGGCCUUCGUGUUUGUGGAAAACUUUUUUUUAUAUAUAUCUGACGUUAUCAAUAGAAUGCAAUCUUGACCUUGUAGAGUAAAUGACCCUAAUGUGACCUUUGACCUCGUGAGCGGGGUGGCAGAGGUAGAAAAAAAAACUUGCGCUCUUUAGAAAGCUAAUUUUAAGUUUUACAAGUACAGUUAAUUGGUGUCAUUUACAUUUAAAAAAAUUGGUUCGAUCUUUGAGGCAUGGGGUAAAUAUUUGGUGGUUACAAUAUGGGCGUUUGAAUAUAACACAGUGCGUCCCCCACAGUUCAACCAGGAAUAAGCCGGUUAAGCUUAAGUUCAUUUGUCGCAGUGGUUUGCAUGGAGAUAACUCAGCUAGGGCAUAUUUCUCUGCAGUACAGGUUUAUAGCAUAAGGUUGUCCAGUGAAUAUUUUUUCACACUGGCUCAUGGCAGUCAUUGCCAAGGUCCUGAACUUCCAGCUUCCAAUGCAGAGUUGAGUUACGGGUGUGAUAUUUUGAUUUGACCGCAUUUAGGUAAAAAUAGGGAGUUUUAGUUUUGGACGACAGAUGAUUCCGCGAAGGUAAUGAUGACAUUUGGCGUCAUCUGCGCAUGCGUCGGCUUUGAGGAAGGUAGUCCCUCAAUUUCUACGACAGUACU